UGUUCAGUUAAUAUCUUGUGUGCUGGCGGUAAACACAAUGGCGAACUUCCAGGAAUAUGUGAGUGUGACGUUUGAGCUGCUGUGGAUGCUGCUGAGGAUUCUGUAUGAGACACUGAAGAGCGUGUUCCAGGUCAUCGUACCACCAUCACCCAAGGAUGUGAAGGAUGACAUUAUACUGAUCACAGGCACGGGGCACGGUAUGGGACGCGAGGUGGCGGUGCGGCUGGCGCGGCUCGGCGCGACGUUAGUGUGCGUAGACAUCAACUCCGCCAACAACGAGGAGACUGCCAAGAUUAUCAAACAGGAGAAGGGGAAAGCUCAUGCAUAUCGUUGUGACGUCACCAACCGCGCGGCCGUCAUGGAGCUGGCCGAGAAGGUGAAGCGGGAAGUUGGAGACGUGACCAUCCUCGUCAACAACGCCGGCAUCAUGCCCUGCAAGCCGCUGCUGCAGCAAACAGAGCAGGAGAUCAGGCUUAUGAACGACAUUAAUAUCCAUGGCAAUUUAUGGAUGAUCCAAGCGUUCCUGCCCGCCAUGAUAUCUAGCGAGCGCGGCCAGAUAGUCGCCAUGUCGUCGAUGGCCGGUCUUAUGGGUCUGGGUAACCUAGUGCCAUACUGCGGCUCCAAGUAUGCCGUGCGCGGCAUUAUGGACGCGUUGGCGAUGGAACUCCACAUGGACCCGAGGAGGCUUGACGGAAUAAAACUGACAACGAUCUGUCCGUACAUGGUCGACACGGGUCUCUGCAAGAAGCCGCGCGUGCGGUUCCAAAACCUCAGGAGCAACCGAGUGGUGGGAGUGGAUGAGGCUGCUGACACCAUCGUGGAUGCUAUCAGGAGAGAACUGACCGAUAUCACUAUACCCCACGAGCUGUACUACGUGAACAAGUUCCUGUACGUACCGAUGUCGAGAGCGGCCAAACACAUCGGCUACGAAUUCUUUAACGCCGGAGUCGACGCGCACGAUGACUGAACACACCACACCGCCGCACACCAAAGACCGGGGCUGCAUUUAUUUUUUUAAGGGUAUAGGCCACUUUAUUUCUGCCGCCGCUAUGUACGAACUCAGCCGCAAUCAUAGGACGCUGCCGCCCAUAAGCCAUGGCCUAUA